UCCUCGCAUUCGCGACCACUGGGCGCUAUAAAAGUCACGUAUGCGGCUCUACCGCGUAACAGUUAAUCCAACUGCUUCGUUGAGCGCAUCUCGUCCAACAACAACAACGCAUAAAUAUGAAGUUUUUCGUGGCUUUGCUAUUGCUGAUCUUCGCUGUGGUUCUAGCCAGUUCCCACGAUCACUCCGGUCAUUCCGAUUAUGUGGUGAAAACCAAUGAGGAUUUGUUACGCUAUCGCGAUGAGUGUGUCUCGCAGUUGAGUAUACCGGCAGAUCUGGUGGAGAAGUACAAGCAGUGGAGCUUUCCGGAUGAUGAGAAAACUCAUUGCUACUUAAAGUGCAUUUUGGAGAAAUUCGAACUGUUCGAUGCGGCAAAGGGCUUUGAUGUGCAUAAGAUCCACCACCAAUUGGAGGGCGAUAAAGUCGAUCAUUCGGAUGCAACACACGGAGCUAUUGAGAAUUGUGCCAAGGAAGCCGCUGCUGCUGGUGAUGAUGCUUGCGUUCGUGCUUAUCGUGGCUUCAAUUGUUUCCUUAAGGACAACAUUCAACUGGUACAGGCUGGCGUCGAAAAAAGUGCCAAGUAGUGUUUGUAAAUAAAAAUUCUCAAUGCGUAAGAAAUCUGUAUUCCAA